AUGCAGGUCCAGUCGGUUCCUCUCGGCUCUGUCACGAUCGGACCGCGGUCUUGGAGCGAUGGGACGGUCCGGUCCGUCCGGCGGGCGGAGCGCCUUGUCCGGCAGACUCAGGCCGGGCGGUCCGCAGCCUGCAGCCGACCCCUGAGCUGCAGUGCCGCCGCCGGGUUCAGCCCAGAGGACGCUGCAGAAACAGGCGCAGAUAAGAUAAGAGCGCAGAGUCGUGACUCCAAAAAUAAGAUGUCGAGGCCUCGAACUACCGGAGUGACGCUCCCUGCCGGCUCCCAGGGGACGUCCCUGGUCCCGUUCCCAUCCUCCAGUCUGCGGGAGCAGUGUGCCGGCAGCAGCGCCGCCGUGGCCGUGCACUACAUGCGGAGCGUUCGGGAGGUGGAGAUCCAGCUGCGCAAGCAGGCCGGCAGGGUGAAGGAGGAGGGGGUGAGGCUGGAUAGGGAGCGGGGCCACGUGGAGAGGAUGCUGCUCAGCAUCAGGACCAGUCUGACCGUAAACAGGAGGAGCUGGGAGGGCCGAGCCAGGAGGCCGUCCACCGCUGAGAUGGAGAGCGACGGCGCUGAUUACCUGCUGCUGUGUGAGAAAAGAGAGCUGGCCCAGUUGAAACAGGAUCUGGAGGGAGUGCUGAGAGACACACUGACGCAACAGCAGGCUCUGGGCGUGAGCAGCAGGCAGCUGCUGGACUGUGCAGCUGAACGGGCUCAUGUCCUGGAGCUGCUGCCUCACAGCGGCUCUGCUGGAGGUCACGGCACCAAUGCUCACACCUUCACCAGAACAGACCCCAUUGGACCCUUCACACCAGAGUGUAAACAGGCUUUAGAGUCGUCCUCUCUGGCAGUGAAACAGUCACAGCUGCUGAGGGAAAACAUCAGACAGAUGCUAACAGGCGCCAUCAGCAGGCAGAAAGCUGCUCAUUGUUCCGUCAACGACGGCCUGGUGAAGAAAAUUGCAGAGACAGUCUGUCUGCAGCAAAAUCUAACUGUGACGUCUGCAGCCACCAGACAGGCCAUGUUUCGCAAGCAGAGAGAAAUCAACUGUAUUCGUCACAGCCACGACAGAGCACAGGGUCCUGAGUACAGCGGAGACAUACUAUCCAGAGAGAAGCUCAACAGACCCGUGGUGCAGGUUUACCAGAGACAUCCGGGGACACAGUUACCUGAAGCUGCUCGGCUCAUUCAGGGCAGCAUGUUGCUCAGACAACAUCGACAGUCCUCUGAGGGCAUGCUGGCGAGGCUGCAGCGCACCUGCCUGCAGCUUCUGGACGACCUGCACGACAAGACGGCAGCGGCGCAGGGGGACACAGCAGUCAUCCGCAUGAGGCGCCAGCAGGUCAACAAGAGAGCCAUGCCCACUUUCCUCUGGCAGGGGGCGUCCUGAAGCCAGCUGCCUCUGUCUGGGGUUC